UUGAAGGUCAGUCAAUUACUGGGUAGAAAGUUGGAUUGUAAAAGAAGGAGAAAAUUGAGUCAUUCUUGUAACACAGAAAUCGGUCUUCUUUUUAUAUUGAGUGCUCAACAAGUGUCAGCUGAUAGAACCUCUCAUACUAGUCCUUUGCCAGAGCAGCGCUGUGGAACCUUGGAUAUACGAAAUCAUCCUAAUCAAGGCUACAAACUUGCUGGACACAAGUAUCUCUAUGGAAAUCGUAUCUUUAGGAACUGUAGUGUACUAGAGGGUUCAUUGGUAUUGUCACUAAUUCAAAAUUCUAAUGUGACCGAGGCGGACUUUCCCACUUUCCAUUAUCUACGAGAAAUAACAGGCUCCUUGUUAAUUUUUCAUGUCAGGUCAUUGACCACAUUGUCGCGAAUUUUUCCGAAUCUUCGAAUCGUCGGAGGUCAAAACCUCAUUCAGCAUUUUUCCUUGAUUAUUUAUCAGAACGAAGACCUUAUCGAUAUUGGGCUUUCAAAAUUACGUCUCAUUCGUAAUGGAGGAGUUCGUAUUGCUGAAAAUAACAAGAUGUGUUAUUCGAGGUACAUUGACUGGAAGCAUCUCAUGGCUGGACCUCUUAAUGAUAUCCUCGUCGAUGAUGCAGUUGAAAUAGGUGUUGGAGAGGGAAAAAUUCUGUCGUGCACUGAUGACUGUGAGGUGGAAAAUGAAUCGAAAUGUCGACGUGUUUCACAUCAACGUGGAGAACAACUAUCGUGCUGGAACAAGGUUACUUGUCAGGAAGAUUGCCCUUUCGAUCGCAUCAAUGGUAGCAUAGGACCUGGAUGCGCGGAUUCGAACGGUGCGCGAUGUCAUGAUCAAUGCGUGGCUGGAUGCACUGUACCAGACGAUGAGAAAGCAUGUUACGGCUGUUUACACUAUAACCACGACGUAAGUUUCUUGUCUUGCAAAAGGUGUUUUUCUGGACUGAAUAUGAUAAUUGGAAGGCUUUUGAAACCGCUCCAGUGUACUUGUCGCUGUUGGAAUCUACUCAUUUCUGUGAUUGAAGGUUAUUUGGAGAUUGAAAUGAGAGUUGGCAUGAGUACUGUAGCAGCAUCUCAACUUACUGAUUGUAUUACAGCCUCAGGGUCUUACAGAUUUGCUCAUGUUAAUUUCAGAUAUGCUUUGAGCAUUUUUGAGAAUUCGAAUCUGCAAAAGCUUUUUACCCCUGAAAAUCGGCUAACUAUUGGCAAUGGUUCUGUGCAGUUUCAAAACAAUCGUAUGUUAUGCUACUUUCGCAUCAGAGAACUGAUGAUACGUCUUGGACGUGACUAUUACAGUAAUGGAGAUAAAGCAAUAUGUAAGUCAAUUUUUAAGUUUAUUUCUUGUGCUGUGUCGCAAACUGCCUUCACUCUGCGCUGGCCUGCUCUUGACACAUCCGACAUCGAUCAUAGGAAAUUUUUAGGCUACGAUGUAAGUGAAUUAAAGAGUAGUUUUGGGCGUCGAGAAAUGCUCAAUACUUGUAUCUUGCAAAGGAGGUUUCGCUGCUUAGUCGAACACCCAUGUUAUUUUCAUAGACAUGACAUGUCCAUUUUUACAACAUUAAUAUAUAGAUAUGCUGCAUACGUCACAACGAAGAUGGUUCGCCACCAAGGCGCCCGAAACGCUGUCUCCAACAUAGCAUUUGUCCGUACGCGUUUCGCUGUUCCCGACCCUCCACGCAUUACGAAGGCUGAAAAUUUUAGGUUGGAAUGGGACCCACCAGCGCAACCGAAUGGGGAUAUUUCCCAUUAUGUGGUUAGUUGGCGAGCGAUGAGUGAUGCUUAUAUGAAUCAGCAUAUGGGCGCCGCUGUGUGUCAUGAUGGUGAGGAAUUUUGA